CCCUACCUUGUUUUGCUCGAUCCGAUGCGCUACUGCUACGAAUCGCAGCAGUCGGAGCUCGUAUCGGUGCAUAGGAUCUCCCGGAGGCAAUGCAAGGGAUUUGCGAGCGAGGCGGCGCGGCUUCUUCCAUGGCUGCUGCUCGUGAUCUCUGCGGCAUUUCACUUGGUGGAAUUGCGUAGCCUUGCGCUGCUCCUUGCUACUUCUUCCACAGGAUUGAUCCUCCGGCGCCGGUUUCUCGUCACGGAAGAGGCUGUGGUGCUCAUGCCGACGCUGGGAAUCCAGCUCCAAACGAAAUACACAAGUGGGAAGGCUCGCUAUAGCUUCAUACCAAUGCAAAAGCUCUUGGCCGCGGUGAUCAACGAGGCAGUGACGCCAUUUUCGUGCUACUUCUACCUGGCAUUGGUACUCCACCAGGAGCCCGCGCUCACGCUCGUCUUCGAGGCCUCCACUGGCGAUGCUACGCCCCAUCUGGAGUGAUCUAACGCACGAAAUCGAGCAAUCUAAAUCAUGAAAUGGUAGUGGGAAUGAUUAAAUAACGUUUAGUGUCGUUAAAUGGUCAAAAUGGGUCAACGAAUCUAUGACCGAGUCAA